AUGAUGACGAAAGUGGUUACUAGUCACCUCUUAGAAAUGACAGCAUUCUGACUGACCCGAGCUUGCGACGACUCUGUCUGAUUCGGCCGAGUGGAACGUAUACAGAGUCGAGCCUCACAGUUACAUGCCGCUGGGGAGGCCCAGGGGACGAGACCUGAUCUGAUGCUGACUCCCGCCUCCCUCCCUGGGCAGCUGGUAGAAGCUUCAUAGCCACGUGAGAAUCACAGCUGCAUUACGUAAAUCUCAUGGCAUGUUGAUCGAGAACCGACGAUCACUCGCAAUGUCUGGAUCAACCGCAUCUCAGAGUUGAGACCUCGCCGCGAACUCCUGACUUAGCAACUGAGCCUAGGAUCAGCUAGCAGGAUGUCUGGUACCUCACUCUCUGAGCCCAUGCGCUUCCCCCGGGCAGAGUACUGUAAUCUGCCCAACAGAAAGCCGUCGCCGGUUAAGGGUACACCCGAGCGAGCUGGGCUCGACACUAUUCUGGCGCAUUUCAAAGACAGCGAGCUCCAACUACCGGUCAGUGAAGGGUCAACAGAGGUCAGAGGUCUCGAUGACCAUGAGAAAAUGUUCCUAUCUGAGGAGGCCAUGUUGAGAUACCUCAAAGCUACAAAAGGCAAGGUCAAGGACGCCGUCACCCGUCUCGAAGCGACAAUCGUCUGGAAACGGACACUGGGCAUGUGGGACAUCGAAGCUGUCGCGGAGGAGGUGGCGCCAGAAUUUGAAUCGGGCAAGGUCACGUUUGCGGGCUACACACGACUCUCACAGCCUAUGUUGUACACCUGGACAUCCAAGAACGUCUUAGCAGCUUCGCCUCGACAGGUCAAACACAUGAUGUUCUGCAUGGAUCGAUUGAUAGAUCUUCAGCUGGCUGGAGUGCCCGGUGUGAUGUUCUGCGCCGACGUAAGCGGUAAAACGCAGACUCAAUCAGGUGCCAUGUCGGUGGCUAGACAGAUCCUCAAAUACCUCCAGGCUCACUACCCAGAGAGACUCGGGAACGCAGCUUUACUCAAGCUCCCUUGGCUCGGUUCCCUGUUCGUCAGUCUCAUGUGGCCUUUCGUCGACUCCGAUACUAGCAAAAAGAUCCACGUCAACCCUGAUCUUUCCAAGGAUCUCGUACCUAAAGAGAUCCUCCUAGAGGAGUACGGAGGGAAUCUCAAGCACGAGUUCUCAAUGCCGUACCUCGAUGCAUUGGUGAAACUGUGCCUUGAGCGUCGAGCGGGCAAUCUCGAGCGAUGGAAAGCGGCCGGCCGCACUGUCGGAAUCAGCGAAUGGGACAUAUUCGAGCCUAUCCCAGGCUCGCCGUCCGCUGGCGACACCCAGGAGCAGAUUGGUAAUGGGCAUGCUAUUCAAACGGCCGAUGAAGCCUCAAAGCAGGCUUGACGACUCCUUUCGAGCCAAGGACAACCCGUACACGACCUCUUAACGCCCAUUCAUGAAGCCUAUGCAAACCUAUAAUGCACUCCACAGAUCAAUAUCAAGGUCGCAUUGACGAUCGAGAUGAGCCCUAUCCGCGUCCAGCUCAAUGUGAAACGAGGUCGACUGGAUCCGUUGGUCACACCCUGAUUGUUGAGGGAUCCAGCGUAAGCCUG